AGUCAGUCAGUCACACACUGAGGAGUGAGGGAAGGAAGGCGAGGGAGCGGGCGGGAUUAUUAUGGGCUGUGGGUGCUGCUGCUGCUGAGGGCUGAGCAAAAUAGAGAGAAAUAAAUAAGAAAUAAACAAAAAUGGAGCUGUCUGCAGUGGGCGAGCGGGUGUUCGCGGCCGAAUCCAUCAUCAAGCGGCGGAUCCGAAAGGGACGCAUCGAAUACCUGGUGAAAUGGAAAGGCUGGGCCAUCAAGUACAGCACUUGGGAACCUGAAGAGAACAUCUUGGAUUCUCGUCUAAUUGCAGCCUUUGAGCAAAAGGAACGUGAGCGUGAGCUGUACGGACCUAAGAAGAGAGGACCCAAACCCAAAACUUUUCUGCUGAAGGCUCGGGCCCAGGCGGAGGCCCUACACAUUGGGGAUGUACAUUUUUCUGUCAAGCCUAGUUCUAGCACAUCCUCUCCCAAACUCCACUCCAGUGCUGCAGUGCACCGACUGAAGAAGGACAUCCGGCGAUGCCACCGUAUGUCUCGGCGCCCUUUGCCCCGCCCAGACCCCCAGAAUAGUGGAGUUGGCGGGGGCACUGGCAUCCGGCCUCCUGUCUCUCCCUUUUCAGAGACUGUCCGCAUCAUCAACCGCAAGGUGAAGCCUCGUGAGCCCAAGCGCAGUCGCAUUAUUCUCAACCUGAAGGUUAUUGAUAAAGAUGGGAAAGUGGGAAGCAGGGGAGGAAGUUUGGCUCGGCCCAAGAUACCUUCACGAAACCGUGUCAUUGGCAAGAGCAAGAAAUUCAGCGAGAGCAUGCUUCGUAACCAGAUCCGCCACAUGAAGUUUGGAAACUUCCCGCUGUACAACAAGCCGUCCGCUCCAGUCCCAUCCUUGGAGGGGAAGACAGAGGCAGGAGGCUCCCAGGGUGCCUCUUGUGGGCUCGUGGGCUCUUCUGCCUAUGAUGCCCGCAGUUCCAGCUCCUCUGACUGCCCCUCACCAGCUCCACACUCCUCAUCUGAUCCAGAUGAUUCCCCACCAAAGCUGCUUCCUGAGACUCUAAGCCCAGCCAUUCCUGACUGGCGCGAAUCAGAAGUCCUUGAUCUAUCAAUUCCACCAGAAUCAGCAGCCACCAGCAAGCGGUCUCCUUCCGGAGGAGGGGGUCAGAUGCCAUCAUCUCCAUCCUCCUCUGACCCAGAGCAGGAGGCUGGGGAUUGGCGCCCUGAAAUGUCUCCCUGCUCUAAUGUGGUGGUCACUGAUGUCACCAGCAACCUUCUGACGGUCACCAUCAAGGAAUUCUGCAAUGCAGAGGAUUUUGAAAAGGUGGCAGCAGCUGGAGGUGGUAGUGGAGGCAGCAAAUGAGAGGCUGCCUUCCUUCAGUGCGGUUGGGGGGAGGGGGAAGGGACAGGGAGGCUCUACUGCAAGAUCAUGCAUGGUGUGAAUGCCUGUUUUCUUCUCUCUCCUCCUUAUCCAUUCUUUCUCUCUUUGCUUGGAAAUUAAGAUGGUAGUAGAGGAAUGGGAAUGGAUGUGUUUGAAGUUUCCAAAUGUCACAGCUGCUAGGGGUUAUGGUGGGGCAUGAGUUUCCCUUUUAUCUUCAAGGGUUAUGUUGCGCUGACUUGGACCUGGUGAAUAAGAACUUGGGUGAAUGGGUUGGUAUGUUUAAGAGGGGAAGGAUUUGCUUUUCCAUCCUCUUUAAUGAAACAGAUUCUUUGGUCAACACAGGCAGAGUCGGCAUUCCUGUUUUCCAACUCUGCACCUCUGUACCUUUCACCUUGCUCUUAUAUCUGUAGCUUUGGUGAGAUUGUAUUGACUAUACCCUAGGAAGAAGCAGCUUUUUAAGGGGAAGGGAGGUUGGAGAGUAGAUCACAUGAUUAGGUGGGGGCUGCUACAGAACAUCUGGGGAAACUUAUGUGCCCUAAAUUUUCAUCCUGCUCCUGGGCACUCUUCCUCCUUGCAUAUGCCAAAGUGCUAACUUGGUAAUUGUGGUAGCCCUUGGAGUCAGCCUAGGCACAUUCUAUCACUCCCAUCUGUCUUGAACCAUUUCUCAGCCUGGUUCUAGGACACCCUGCACAUUUUUUUUGUGGCAGGCCAAACUAGAGUUUCUUCAGCUUUCUUAAGUUGUCGGUCUUGU